CCUCCUCCCGCGUGUGACCCGGUGCCGCAUGUGAGCGAGGAGGAGGGACCGUGCGGCGCGGCCCCCACUGUAGCGGCGGCAGGAGGAGGAGCGGCAGCCGGCGUGCGGUGUCCCCCCGCAGCCUCAUCGCUGGGCCCCGCCGGCGCUCCCCAUGCCCGUGUGGUGCUGCCGCUGCUCCCUGGCCGGUCACUUCAGAACUUACAGCGACACUGAAACCGAAGGACAGCUUUUGAAUUCCUUUGUUCAGUACUUUGGUGACAGCCUUGGGAGGAAGAUUAAAAGAAUGCCUUUAAUUGAAGAAACUGUUCUGCCUGGGGACUCCCUUCUCACUCUGCCUGUAGUAAUAAUAGGAAAUGGACCUUCAGGAAUUUGCCUUUCUUACCUGCUCUCUGGAUACAGGCCAUAUUUGUCUCCUGAAGCUAUACACCCAAACCCCAUCCUACAUACAAAAUUAGAGGAAGCUCGACAUCUUUCCAUUGUUGAUCAAGACCUGGAGUACCUGUCAGAAGGGCUGGAAGGACGCUCCUCAAACCCAGUUGCAGUGCUUUUUGACACGUUGCUUCACCCUGAUGCUGACUUUGGCUAUGACUACCCACCUGUUCUGCACUGGAAGUUAGAACAACAUCAUUAUAUUCCCCACAUAGUGCUUGGGAAAGGACCACCUGGCGGGGCUUGGCAUUCCAUGGAGGGCUCUAUGCUAACCAUCAGUUUUGGAGACUGGAUGGAAUUGCCUGGCCUCAGCUUUAAGGAGUGGGCAGCUAGCAAACGCAGAAAUAUAAAGAGUGAUCGAGUAAUGCCAGAGGAAAUAGCUUGUUAUUAUAAACACUAUGUUAAAGUCAUGGGCCUCCAAAAGAAUUUCAGAGACAAUGUUUACAUAACAUCAGUGUCCAGGCUUUACCGAGAAAAGGAUGAUGAAGGCAGAAGUCACCAAAAUGAGGAUAUUUCAACACAGCAUUUGGAAAUGGAAGAUGGACAGAAAUCGCUUAUUAAGAGAAACUGGGAAGUCAGAGGUUAUCAGAGAGCAACAGAUGGUUCUCAUGUGCCCUUCUGCCUCUUUGCUGAGAAUGUGGCUCUUGCAACUGGAACCUUUGAUUCUCCCGGCCGACUGCAAGUUGAAGGAGAAGACUUUCCUUUUGUCCUCCAUUCCAUGUCUGACUUUGGAGCUGCAAUCAGCAAGGGAAAGUUACGUGGGAAGGCAGACCCUGUGUUGAUUGUGGGUGCUGGACUAACAGCAGCUGAUGCAGUUCUGUGUGCCUAUAACAAUAACAUCCCAGUGGUCCAUGUGUUUCGUAGGAGAGUUACCGAUACAAGCCUGAUUUUCAAACAGCUGCCUAAAAAGCUUUACCCUGAAUACCAUAAGGUCUAUCAUAUGAUGUGUACUCAGUCUCAUACCGUGGACUCUAAUCAACAUUCUGCUUACACUAGUUUCCCUGAACACAAUGUACUUUCCUUCAAGCCUGAAAUGAAAUGUGUUCUUCAGAGUGCCUCCGGACUGAAGAAAAUUUUGAAGUUUUCUGUAGCCUUAGUUCUGAUAGGUUCUCAUCCAAAUCUUUUCUUUUUAAAGGACCAAGGCCAUAGCAUAGGUCAUCACUCUAAUCAGCCCAUCACAUGCAAGGGGAAUCCUAUAGAGAUUGAUCCAUACACGUACGAGUGCACUAAAGAAGCCAACCUCUUUGCUUUAGGGCCUCUGGUGGGAGACAACUUCGUACGGUUUUUAAAAGGAGGUGCACUGGGCAUUGCACGAUGCUUGGCAAUAAGACAGAAGAAGAAACAUGAAUUGAUUGAAAGUGGGGAUGGAGGAGGUGAUGGGGUACCAUAAAUGAGACAUUAGAAACUCUUAACAUCCGGGAUUACAGAUGUAGUCUUAACAGGAAACUCACUGGCAGCAAAAGUUGAUAGCAGUCACAUUUCUGUUGUGUACAAGUAACCUGCGCUUGUAUUUCUUGGUAAAGGAUGCUGAUAUUACGAUACUUCACUCUUUAAAAAUACAAAAAAAUUGAUCUGCUAUUUCAACUGAUCUCAACUGGAAUUGCUUCCAGAUAAACAUAAAAUGAGACUAACUUAUCUUGGCCUGCCUGUCUGUCAUCUCUUGCUCAACUACAAGAGCAGACUUCGUCUGUGAAAGGCAAUGCCUACCAGAGUGGCUUUACAUUUUAGUAUCAAAUGUGAUAAAAAUACUGUUACCAUGAAAUUGAAAUAACUUCUAAAAGCAGAAAGCUUGCUUAGUACAAAGUGAUUCUUUGUCCCUAAGCAAAUUUGGAGCCUUCUGCUUGAAACAAGGAUUUUAUUUAUUUGCCACAGUAAUACUUGGAAUGAGCACUUAGGAAAAUGAUUUCUACUAUAAGAAGGACUUCUGUAAGCAAGAAGUAUUCCUCAACAGUUUUAAAUUAUCCUGGCAAUUGGAAUAAAAGAAUAAGCAUUCCCAUUUAACCUUUAAUGAUUUGACACAAUCCAUUAAUGUUUCUUCACACUGCCUAGAGUUGGGUGAGUGCACAAAGACUAACAUGAGAUGUUCCCCUACAGUGAUCUGUACAUUUCUGAGGAUACGCAUUAACAUAAACAAUAAAGUGCUGAUGUAAGUGCUCUUA